UGACCAAGGCUUCUUCGGAGCUUGAACCACUGGCUGUCCCAAUGACGUCAAGUUUGCCCCCUGGCUUGGAAGGCUCAGAUUUAGCAUCCAUCAACACCAUGAUGUCGGCAGUGAUGAGUGGAGGGAAGAUUGCUGAGAAUGGCGGUAGCGCCCCAGCCAUCAAGUCCCCCACGAAGCCUCCAGGACCGAAUCGGAUAGGCAGAAGGAACCAGGAAACUAAAGAAGAAAAGUCUUCCUAUAACUGUCCCCUGUGUGAGAAGAUUUGCACUACACAGCAUCAGCUAACUAUGCAUAUUCGUCAGCACAACACGGACACUGGAGGAGCUGACCACUCCUGCAGCAUCUGUGGGAAGUCGUUGAGCUCGGCCAGCUCCCUGGACCGCCAUAUGCUGGUGCACUCUGGUGAACGACCGUACAAAUGCACUGUGUGUGGCCAAUCUUUCACCACCAACGGGAACAUGCACAGACAUAUGAAGAUUCAUGAGAAGGACCCUAACGGUGCUGCAUCUGCAGCUCCCCCAUCUCCACUGAAGCGUAGGCGACUGCCCCCCAAGAGGAAACUGAGUCACGAUGCUGAGUUUGAGAAGGAAGACCCCACAUGUGCUAAAAAGAUGUUAGAAGAUGGACAGGCAAGUGACCUGGAGAAGAAGACUGAUGAAGUUUUUCACUGCCCAGCAUGUUUCAAAGAGUUUGUCUGCAAAUAUGGACUGGAGACCCACAUGGAGACACAUUCAGACAAUCCCCUAAGAUGUGACAUUUGCUGUGUCACCUUUCGAACACAUCGGGGAUUGCUCCGUCACAACGCGCUUGUGCACAAACAGCUUCCGAGAGACGCCAUGGGGAGGCCCUUUAUUCAGAACAACCCUUUAAUACCUGCUGGCUUCCACGACCUGGGAUUCACCGACUUCUCCUGCCGGAAGUUUCCUCGCAUUUCUCAGGCCUGGUGUGAAGCAAACCUGCGACGGUGCAUCAGCGAGCAGCACCGCUUUGUCUGCGAGACUUGCGACAAGGCCUUCCCCAUGCUCUCCUCACUCACGCUGCACCGCCAGACCCACAGCUCUGGAAACCCAGGGCGGGAGAAGCCACAGGCCAAGCCCCUGGCCGGGGACACUGUUGACCAAAAGGUCUUCCUGGCCUUGCUGGGCCUGCAGCACACCAAAGACGAGAAGCCCACCCUCGCCGAGGAGCUGCCGGAUGACAACCAAGCCAUCCAGCUCGAGACACUCAGGUGCCAGCUACCUCAGGAGCCCGCCUGUGCCAGCCUGCUGAGUCUCUCCCCUUUUGAGGCCACCUCUCUGGGAGGCCCGCUUGCUGUCCUCCCCACCACCAAGGAGAACAUAAAGCAUUUGUCCCUGCAGCCCUUCCAGAAGGGCUUCAUCAUCCAGCCCGACAGCAGUAUUGUGGUCAAGCCCAUCUCCAGCGAGUCUGCCAUCGAGCUGGCUGACAUCCAGCAGAUCCUGAAGAUGGCAGCCUCUGCUCCCCCACAGAUCAGUCUUCCGCCUCUCUCCAAGGCCCCUGCCACCCCCAUGCAGGCCAUCUUCAAGCACAUGCCUCCACUGAAGCCAAAGCCCCUGGUUACGCCACGCACAGUGGUGGCCACCUCAACGCCCCCACCGCUUGUCAACACCCAACAGUCCUCCCCUGGCAGCGUCAGCCCCAGCCUGCCACCUCCUCCGCUCAAACUGCUAAAGGGCUCAGUGGAGGCCGUCUCCAGUGCCCAGCUGCUGCAGGCCAAGGCCGGAGCCCAGCCCAGCGCUGCCACCCAGCUCUUCCUGCAGCCCCUGGCUGAGCUGCAAGGCCAGGCUGAGUUGAAGACACGACUGGAGCAGGACAGCAUCAUCGAGGCGCUGCUGCCUCUCAGCAUGGAGGCCAAAAUCAAGCAAGAAAUCACGGAAGGCGACCUCAAGGCCCUCAUGGCAGGGUCUGCCAGCAAGAAGACCCCGGCCAUGCGCAAAGUCCUCUACCCCUGCCGCUUCUGCAACCAGGUGUUUGCCUUCUCUGGGGUGCUGCGCGCCCAUGUGCGCUCCCACCUCGGCAUCUCGCCCUACCAGUGCAACAUCUGCGACUACAUUGCCGCUGACAAGGCCGCCCUCAUCCGCCACCUGCGCACACACAGCGGGGAACGGCCCUAUGUCUGCAAGAUCUGCCACUACCCCUUCACAGUCAAGGCCAACUGCGAGCGGCACUUGCGCAAGAAGCACCUCAAGGCCACGCGCAAGGACAUCGAGAAGAACAUCGAGUACGUCAGCAGCGGUGCAGCGGAGAUGGUGGACGCCCUGUGUGCCCCAGACGCGGUGUGCCGGCUGUGCGGCGAGGACCUGAAGCACUACCGCGCGCUCCGCAUCCACAUGCGCACGCACUGUGGCCGCGGCCUGGGUGGCUGCCAAAAGGGCCGCAAGCCAUUCGAGUGCAAGGUGUGCAGUGCCCCCUUCGUUGCCAAGCGCAACUGCAUCCACCAUAUCCUCAAGCAGCACCUGCACGUGCCGGAGCAGGAGAUCGAGAGCUACAUCCUGGCCACAGACAGUGGGGGUGCCGGAGAGGGGCCAGCUGCAGACACCGCCAGCAUGGUGGAGGAAGGCGGCUGCGGGGCCUUUGCUGACCACAAGCCUAUAGCGGCCUUCCUGGAGCCCCAGAACGGCUUCUUACACGGGGGUCCCACCCCAGCCCCCCACAUCUCUGUUAAGCUGGAGCCCACCAGUAGUUUUGCAGUGGAUUUCAACGAACCCCUUGACUUUUCCCAGAAGGGCCUGGCCUUGGUCCAUGUGAAACAAGAGAGCUCCACCUCUUUCCUCAGCCCCUCCUCCCUGGCCCCCUACGACUGUUCCAUGGAGCCCAUAGAUCUCUCCAUCCCCAAGAACCCCAAGAGAGGAGACCAGGACUUGGCUGCCUCAGAUGAGGCCAAGAAACCCGAGCAGGAGCCCCAGGAAGGCGAGCAACCCCUGGUCUGUCCAUCUCUGUGCCCCACCCUGCCAGCAGUGUUGGGGCCCACUGGGGGCUUGGACAAACCUGGAACCCUGGCACUAGCCACCUCCACGACACCCCACCAGGAGCCCAAUGCACAGGCCAUGCAGGGGCCCGUCCAGCUCGCGGUCCCCAUCUACUCCUCAGCCCUUUUGGGCAAUCCCACCCUCCUGAGCAGCUCAGCCCUCAUUAGCAGCUCAGCCCUGCUCCGGCCACUGCGCCCCAAGCCGCCCCUGCUCUUGCCAAAGCCCCCUGUGACCGAGGAGCUGCCCCCACUGGCCUCUAUUGCCCAAAUCAUCUCUUCUGUGUCCUCAGCCCCCACCCUGCUGAAGACCAAAGUGGCCGAGUCCGGGCCCUCCAGCACCAGCAGUGGCCUCUCGGGCACCGACUCGGUGGGGGGCACCAUGGCCAAAUCCAGCCCUAGUGAAGCCACAAGCCCACAGGAAUCCAAGGACCCACCUACAAUGGCCACUAGUCCUGAGGCCACCUCUCCCACCGACCAGGGGCCAGCUAGCGCAUCUAGGAAGAGGGGCCGGAAGAAAGGGGUGCGAAGCCGGGCCAAGAACAGCAGUGGCGGUGUGGACCUGGACUCCAGCGGGGAGUUCGCCAGCAUUGAGAAGAUGCUGGCCACCACCGACACCAACAAGUUCAGCCCAUUCCUACAGAGCGCCGAGGAUGGAGUGCAAGAGGAGGUGUCUGCAGCCUUGACUGACCCCCACAUCAGUGACGAUGAGCAGGCCAGCCCCCCAGAGGACAAAGGGCUGAGGGCCAGGCGCAACUCCUAUGCCAACUGCCAGCAGAAGAUCAGCUGCCCCCACUGCCCACGGGUAUUCCCGUGGGCCAGCUCCCUGCAGAGGCACAUGCUCACACACACCGGUCAGAAGCCCUUCCCUUGUCAAAAAUGUGAUGCCUUCUUUUCUACCAAAUCUAACUGUGAACGCCACCAGUUACGCAAACACGGAGUUACCAACUGCUCCCUGAGAAGAAACGGGCUUUUCCCCCAGUCCAGAGAGAGAGAUGUUGGAGCUCAGGAUAGCACAGAUAGCCAGUCAGACACGGAGACAUCGACGGCUGGAAAUGAGGUGCUGGACCUAACCUCUAGGGACAAAGAACAGCAGGAACCAGAGGGGGCCCCUGAGCCCAGCCAGAUGGGAGAUGAGCCCCCCACAGAGGAAGAAAAGGGGGAAGCACCUUCACCUGGGAGUGGAGAGGAAAAGGAAGAGGAGGACGAUGGAGAGCAAGAGGAGAGCGGUACCACAGAGGAAAGGGACGAGGACACUGAGGGCCCAGAGGAAGACACCGUCAGCAACAAGAGCCUGGACAUCAACCUUGCCAGCAAGCUGAUGGACUUCAAGCUCGCGGAGGGCACCACAGGCGGUGGGAGGUCCCCCCAGCAGGAGCUGAAGCACACCUGCGACAUCUGUGGGAAGAGCUUUAAGUUCUUGGGAACGCUGAGCCGUCACAAGAAGGCCCAUGGCCGAGAAGAGCAGAAAGAAGAAGGCAAGCAGGGAGGGUCACCUGAGGAGCCACCACCAUCCCCUGAAACCAGCCCUGCACCUGAGCCUGAGGAGAUGCCUGCAGGCCCUUCUGUGAGUGCCGAGGAGGCUGAACCAGAAAAGCCACAGGAGGAGGUGGAGGCUGUCUCUGAGGGGGAAGGCACAGCUGAGAAGAAGGCCUCGGAGAAGAGCGAUGAUGACAAGAAACCAAAGACAGACUCCCCCAAGAGUGUGGCCAGCAAGGCUGACAAGAGGAAGAAGGUGUGCAGCGUGUGCACUAAAAGGUUUUGGUCCCUGCAGGACCUGACUCGGCACAUGAGGUCGCACACAGGCGAAAGACCAUACAAGUGCCAGACCUGUGAGCGGACCUUCACACUCAAGCACAGCCUGGUCCGCCACCAGCGCAUCCACCAGAAGGCCCGGCACCAUGGGAAGGACGGUGACCAGGACGAGAAGGGUGAAGAGGACAGUGAGAAUGAGUCCACGCACAGCAGCAACAACCCCGUCUCCGAGAGCGAGCCCGAGUCCUCACUGACUACCAGCAACCACAUGGCCAUCACGAGGAGCCGCAAGGAGAUCCUAGCCAAGGAGGCCGGCCGCAAGGAAGACAAGGCAGGUGGUCGGGUGGCCGGCGCCUAUCAGGCCGACUCCAGCAAGAGUGCACCCAGAGAGCAGACGUCGCAAGGUCCCACUGACCAGGAGGGCCAGGGGACCAUCGCACAGGACCCUCCAGAGCUACCCAGCAGGAGGCCAGCCCAGCCCCUCCUGGCCUCUGACAGCCCCACUCAGCCCCUGGGAGUGGAAUGA